AAUCUUACAGCUAGCCGCCAAAUUUGUAAAAUUUAAAGAAAAUUCAGUUUUUGGGUCUUAUAGUCUUCGUCUUCAGCAACCAUCACACAACGGUAGCUUUUUUCUACAAAAUCUAUGGAUCUAAAUUCUUGAUCUAUCUCUUCUAGCUUUCUAUCUUAUUUCUUUUUGCUAAUUGUCGAUUGAAACUCCUCAUCCAUCAUGAGACUGUAGGCAGAGUAAAAACGCUGAGGAGAGGUAGAAGUGGGGCUAGCAUUCUAGUCACCCCUCCAGCCAGCUAGUGGAAAAAGCUUUCCACUUUUCUACUGAAUAAUUUCACACACUUUUUCAUCGCCUACCUCCUGAGACAGACCGAGCUGACCCGUGGAUGGACAUCCCCUGGUUCUCCAUUCAGCCCAUGGCAACUUAGGAUGGACAUCAACUGUAUAACGAAUUGUUUGGAAUGAGAGAGAUUGAGAGAGUUUGGUCGGUCGACCUAUUUCCUAGAGUCGAGUCGCAGCCUAAGCAACCCAAUAGCGGCUGCUGGUCGCUGCAGAAAUAGGGAUGGUUAAAAAUAGUCGGGUCACGUGACCACUCGUCAGCCAAUGGCGUGGCGUUUUAUGUGUCGCUUGGUCCGUGAGGAGCUGUGAUCUCUCGGCCAGUAGCUAGGAGUAUCUCCUACGUAAUUCGGUGCUUGAGCCAACUGCAGCUACUCACUUUUUUCCAGGUUCAGUGGUAGGGACGCAAACACAGCUAAAAUGGCGGACGAUGAGGCAAAGAAGGCAAAGCAGGCGGAAAUCGACCGCAAGAGAGCCGAGGUCCGCAAGCGGAUGGAGGAAGCCUCCAAGGCCAAGAAGGCCAAGAAAGGUUUCAUGACCCCUGACAGAAAGAAGAAGCUCAGGUUGUUGCUGAGGAAAAAGGCUGCUGAGGAAUUGAAGAAGGAACAGGAGAGGAAAGCCGCGGAAAGGAGAAGGAUCAUCGAGGAGAGGUGUGGCAAGGCUGUUGAUCUCGAUGACGGAAGUGAAGAGAAAGUCAAGGCAACUUUAAAAACCUAUCACGACAGAAUUGGAAAAUUGGAGGAUGAAAAAUUUGACCUGGAAUAUAUUGUAAAAAAGAAAGACUUCGAGAUCGCUGACCUCAACAGCCAGGUGAAUGACCUCCGUGGUAAAUUUGUCAAGCCAACCUUGAAAAAAGUCUCCAAAUAUGAGAACAAAUUCGCCAAGCUCCAGAAGAAAGCAGCUGAAUUCAAUUUCAGAAAUCAGCUCAAAGUUGUCAAGAAGAAGGAAUUCACCUUGGAAGAAGAAGACAAGGAGCCGAAGAAAUCGGAGAAAGCCGAAUGGCAGAAGAAAUGAACUCACAUCACCUCUUCAUAAUAUUGUCCCACACUUCUACAACCUUCAUCAAAUAACUUUUAUUCGAGUAAACUUACUGUUACUAACAAAAUUACAAAACCAAACUCUUAUCAUCAACGUAGGCAAUGUGCUCAACUUAUUUCUUAAACAUAUUGUCCAGCUAUUUAUUGAAAUUAAAACACAUCGUCUCGAAAAAAUAUUUAUUGGAUGUAGCUGUUGGUAUCUAUGUUAAAUUGGAAUAAAGAAAGUUAUUUAAUUUUUCAAACUGAAAAGAUUUAUAAAUUACAAUGCUCCUUACAAUAGAUAUAGUGAAUAGUUUGUAUAAUCUAAAACAGAGAAAAUAAUUUUUAAUCAUCGUUGAAGGAAUUUUAUUCAUGUAUCAUAACAUUCAACAUGAAAAUGAUUACUAAAACUCGUUCUCAUAUUCACAUGCAUCACAAAAUAUUUCAUAAUGUUUUUGUGCAUUUAUGUAUCAAUAAUCUUCACAUAACAUAUUUUUUUGAUGCCUUGAUUCAAAUAAUUAUAAACUUGAAUUUAUUUGCCAUGACAUUCAUUACCCAUUGUAUUCAAAUUUGAUAAAUUGAAUAAUUUACUGAAUAUCCUCAUCAAUAAGGAUAAAUAAAAAAAUGAUUGAAUAUAAGAAUCAAUAAAAUUUUAAUCGUCAAAUUUGUGUUAUAAUGACAUGCAUUUGUUUUCAAUGUGAAUCAUUCUUGGUGAGUUUUCAAUUGAGACAUGAUAAGAGUAAAUUAAAAUAAAAACCGUCCUAUCAACCCAAUGUAAGUGGUUUAAAAGCCAUGAAUAAAAGAUUCUAUUACCAACGGUUGAAAAGUACACCAUUUUAUCAACUACAUUAUGUAUCUACACUCAGACUCAAUGGUAAAUUACUUUGACACAGAGGUGAGAAAUUUAAACAGACGUUUUACACAAGCUUUGCUUCAAACUUUCUCUCUGUUUGUUUUCAGCUUUCUAUGGUUUGAAAGAUAUUCAUUUACAUCUCCAUUGCUUCAUUGACAUCAUCAUCAUACUUCACUUUGUCAUCUAUUUGUUCCUUGCAGCUUUAUUUAAAACUUUUUCCAUAAUAAUUCAUUAUUAUAAUAUUUAUUGUUCUUCUCCAUCUUACCUUAUAACCCCAAUUUGUGUUUGCACCCUGCUGCCUGAAAGUUUCAAUGAUGUCCAGAAGGCUCUGAUAAGUGCGAUUCUCGUAAAAUAAAAAAUAAUAAUUUCACACGAUAAACUUACAUUAAUUUAUUCAUUAAAAAUUUUAAAUUUAAAGUUGUUAGGUUAUACAAUAUAAACAUUUGCCUGAAGAAAUAACAUGUGAUAUAAAUUAUUAAAUUUAGUAAUGAUUAUUUCAUUGAUUAAUUAUACUCAUGUAUAGCCUACUCUCUUAAUUUCAACUAAGUAGGCUAAUUAGAAAUAUUUUGUUCUUUUAGAAAGGUUUGUUCUUUUAAAUUUUUUGAACAAUUCAUUUGGCUUAUCGUUUCUAAAUAAUGUAAUCUAUGAGUCAAUAUCAAAUAUUAAUUUCUUCAAGAUUUUAAGAAGCUAAUAAUACUUUUCAAUCUUAAUAAUGGAGUCUUAUCCUUUUGAAAUUCAUUCAAAACUAGAAUGAGUCUUACUUUGUUUUUUUUUCUCUUAAGUAAGAGAAAGCGAUUCAUCUUAUCAGAACCUUCAUCAUCUUAAUCCCAGCUCAGAAAAUAUUGUGGCAGACCAAAAGUGUUUUGUUCCAAAGUUUUGUCGUCACAUGAACAGAACUUGUGUGUUUUUGUGUUUUCAUUUCUUUUCACCCUGACUGAACCCUUUCUCAAUCUUCUGACCCAUCUCCAAAGAUUUUCUUAUUCAUUUCUCCACUAAGCUUAAGUUUGACGAUACAGCAACCGGUAUUCUUUCACAGAUUUAUGAUUGAACCGUUUUUCCCCAGAACAGCUUCGAGAAACAGCUUUGUACAUAGAAACGCUGCUGUAGAAUAUAAUAUAUUCAUCCUAUUGUAAUAUAUUUCCAACUCUGUUUUUAUAUCAUAGUCUCUUCAUAGUUGUUUAUUUUAUUUGUUGUGUAAAUUUUAUGAAAUUUUAAUUUUGUUGAAUUAUAUUAUUGUAAUAAUGAAAGUAGAUAUUUGAUCCUUUUCUUUUUCAGGAUUGAUGUUCUCUUUGAAGAUGAACUCUAUCUAGAUGAAUUCUUUUGAAGAGCUGAAAUCAUUCUGUACUUGAUUAUGUUAUCCUGGAAAUGGAAAUGACGUAGCUUGUUUAUAAUUCCGUUCCAAUUUUCUCACUCUACAUUAAUUUUCAUGAUCAGUUUUUUAAGAGUUGGUGGAAUAUAGCUACAGGCUAUUCAGAUAUCAAAAUAUCUUGUAUUUAUUUGUUAAGGUAUAUUCAAAUAACAUAAAUAGUAAAAAAAUAGAAGUACCAACCAAUAUAAUAUAUACCUUAGAGUUUAUAUUUCUCCAUCAAAGCUUUUAAUAAUAUUAUUCAAAUCUGGAUUAGAUUAUAUAUUUUGCAAAAAUCAAUAUUUUUCUUGUCUUUUACAGAAAAAGGGAAUCGUCGAUUGGUCAAAGAAGGACGAGAAGAAGGUAGAAGCAUGAAGAAUCAAUACUACCCAUGGAACUUGUUCAUAUCUUUUAAAAUUUUCUAUGUUCCUGCCUGUUCAAAUUAUUUUUUUUGAUCACCUUACAAUGAAAAAUUGUAUUUUCAUAUCAGAUCUUUCUCACCUAAUGAGUGAUAAGUUUUCUGAAAAGGAUUGAUUUGUAGAACUUGCAUUUUGUAAAGAGAAUAUUUAUGGGUGAAUCACAAAGGAUAAGUAGUAAGUAAAACAAUAACUAAUUCAAGAACUGCAGAAUGUCAUUCUGUAGAGAUUAGUGCAUCCAAUUUUAUAUUUUACUUGCAUUUACCCUAAUUUAAUCUUAUUAGUUAUCCUAUCAUCCUCGUAACGUGUAGAUUAAUUCUCCCGUAUAAGUAUUGUAAUGAUCAUGCGGAUACUGUACCUAAUGAAUGCAAACCUUUAAAUUAUAUCCUUUUCCUAUUAUAUUUGUAUAAGUACAUAUUAUUAAAAUAACGUCCUGCUCCUUAUUUGUAUACUUUACUAAAGGUUUGAUGUUUACCUGCAAUAUUGUAUUUAUUAUGAAAAAAUGAUUGUUGAAAAGAUUUAUUAAUAUCGAUAAUGAAAUUAAUAUAAAAU